CGUGUGCCGCUGGGUGUACGAGCUCACACGUGUCCGCGAAAGCCCCGAGUCUGUGUCUCUCUGCGUCUCUGUGUUUAGGAACACUGGUGUGCUCUGUUUGCUUUGUCAAGACUGCAGGGAACAGAGUGGGAUGGGAGGGAAGGGAAGCCUGGCCCUCUUCCCCGUCUUAAGGAGGCUGUCUGUGGUACUGAGGACCUAGCCCUGUUCAUCCUCUGAGCUUGGUGGUGACAGUGUCCCUGGGGCAAGGAGCCCAGGCUGCACCAGGCUAAGUCACAUGGAGAAACUGAGGGCAGGCUGGCACAGGAAGAAAAAGAGUUCUACUUGAAAGAAACUGAAAAAGACAGACUCCGAGACCUAAAGGAGGUGACAGAGAACUACCCAGGCGGUCGGUCGGUCGGUCGGCACAGCCAACAGAGGGAACCCAGACGCUGGGAGAGGAGGCGGCAGAAGGAGCAGGCCAGGCGGUGGAGACUCAGAGCACUAGCUCAGAGGAGAUGGUGCCCAGCUCGCCCUCGCCGCCUCCACCUCCUCGGGUCUACAAGCCGUGCUUCGUGUGCAAUGACAAGUCCUCUGGCUACCACUAUGGGGUCAGCUCCUGUGAAGGCUGCAAGGGCUUCUUCCGCCGCAGCAUCCAGAAGAACAUGGUGUACACGUGUCACCGCGACAAAAACUGCAUCAUCAACAAGGUGACCCGGAAUCGCUGUCAGUACUGCCGGCUACAGAAGUGCUUCGAAGUGGGCAUGUCCAAAGAAGCUGUGCGGAAUGACAGGAAUAAGAAGAAGAAGGAGGUGAAGGAAGAGGGGUCGCUUGACAGCUACGAGCUGAGCCCGCAGUUAGAAGAGCUCAUCACCAAGGUCAGCAAGGCCCAUCAGGAGACCUUCCCCUCACUCUGCCAGCUGGGCAAAUACACCACGAACUCCAGCGCAGACCACCGGGUCCAGCUGGACCUGGGGCUCUGGGACAAGUUCAGCGAGCUGGCCACCAAGUGCAUCAUCAAGAUCGUGGAGUUUGCCAAGCGGCUGCCUGGCUUCACGGGGCUCAGCAUUGCGGACCAGAUCACUCUGCUCAAGGCUGCCUGCCUGGACAUCCUGAUGCUGCGGAUCUGCACGAGGUACACCCCAGAACAGGACACCAUGACCUUCUCCGACGGGCUCACUCUGAACCGGACCCAGAUGCACAAUGCAGGCUUCGGGCCCCUCACAGACCUCGUCUUUGCCUUCGCUGGGCAGCUCCUGCCGCUGGAGAUGGAUGACACGGAGACAGGGCUGCUCAGCGCCAUCUGCCUCAUCUGCGGAGACCGCAUGGACCUGGAGGAACCAGAAAAAGUAGACAAGCUGCAGGAGCCGCUGCUAGAAGCCCUGAGGCUCUACGCCCGCCGGCGGCGGCCCAGCCAGCCCUACAUGUUCCCAAGGAUGCUCAUGAAGAUCACGGACCUCCGGGGCAUCAGCACCAAGGGAGCAGAAAGGGCCAUUACCCUGAAGAUGGAGAUUCCGGGCCCGAUGCCUCCCCUAAUCCGAGAGAUGCUGGAGAACCCCGAAAUGUUUGAGGACGACUCCUCGCAGCCUGGCCCCCACCCCAAGGCCUCUAGCGAGGAUGAGGUUCCCCGGGGCCAGGGCAAACGGGGCUGCAGCCCCCCGCCUGACCAGGGCCCCUGACUUCCCCUGCCGUGGGGGUUGGGGCUCUAGGCAGCAGACUGACCAUCUCCCAGACACCGCCAGUGCCCGGGGGAGGACCUGCUCUGCCCUCUCCACCCCUUCCAGUGAGCUCCUUGUUUUUGCCAAAGUUUCCAGGGGUGCCUCUGUGUUCAUCCCCUUCCUGCUCCAACUGGCUCCCUCUCCAGUCUCGGGGGCCUGCCCUGUUCCCGCUGGGAGAGAGGGCGGAGGGGUGAGCCUCAGUGUGGACUCCCAGAUCUCAGCACUGCCCCUCAGACCCCAGGGUCCUGGGCUCCCCGGGGCAGGAGGACGACCCUGCCGGUUCUACAGCCCCCUCCUUUGCCAGGUGCUUAGGCCUCUGGGAGCCAACAGGAACACUAGAGACCAAAAAGGGGAUGUAGGGGGAGGGCUGAGCCCACCCUCUUGUCCCAGGCCUUGGUGCCUCACGCACCUGCCGGAUGCACGCUGCCCUCUGUGCCCCGUCGUCGCACCAGGUCGCACCAGGUCGGGUUGGGGCAGGCUGGGCCCUGCAUUUCUCUGGGGGCCAGAGGGUGAAAGGGACAGAUGCAGGUCCACUGGGCACGGUUUGCUUGGGCCCACAGUUGACCUUGUGGCCUCCGUUACGAGCCCCUCCCCCAGCCCUGUCAUGUGCCUUGGGCUUCCCCUGCCUCCCAUCUCAGCCACCGGGGCAGGGACCCUCCUACACUACAGAGGGGCCCGGGGACCCCCUCUCCCCCCUAGUGCCUUCCCCCCCUUGAUCUCCAGAGCAGCUUGGCCCAGGGAGGGGGGUGUGGGCGCUGCUUAGCUGAUCCUUCCCUGACCCAGAGGAAACCUCUAUUUAUUUAUUAGCUUUUGUUUACACCCUGGACUUGACCCCUUCCUCCAGGGGUCUUGGGAGGGGGAGCCCAGGGCCCUUGUGACCCCUCCCUCCUUCCUCCAAUCCCCAGUUUGUAUUUAGCUGCCAAAUAAGAUCCCCACUGGCUCCCCUUUUUCUCUGGGGGGUCAGGGUGCUGUCUCCUCCCCUCUGUUUACAUCUCCCCUCCACCCCGCUGUAUCGCAUAUUGCUGAGUUUUCUAUUUUUGCAAAAUAAAGUGAUGGAAACUCACGA